AUGUCUGUACAAUAUUUGGGCUUUCGCAGACUCUACAAGAGCGAGCUCCUCUCCGAUGUUGUCAUCUCUUUUGGCGAUAAGAAAGUUCCUGCACACAAAGUCAUCUUGAUGGGUGCCUCACGAAAACUUCAGGCACUGCUCCAGGAUCAAAGUGUCGAUUCUAUCGACGUCAGCGCCCACGAACCUGAGGUGACAGAAUUCGCCAUCAAGGUGUUCCUGAUCGCCAACGAAUACCAGAUCAAGUCUCUGGGAAUGGCGAUCACUAAAUAUUUCGUCGACAGUUUGAGCGCUCGCAUGAUCAAGCAAAGGCCGAAUUGCCACUCGAUGUAUCCUGCUGCAGGAGCGGAAGUCGGUGAAGUCAUCAAACAGCUUCUGGAGCUAUACAGAGAUUCGAAGGGUAUCGAUCGUAUGCUGUUGCAUGGGGUUGUCGACUUUUGUACCACCAGCAAUCUGUGGAGGUUCAAGAAGGACUGCGAUGUCAUGAAGCUACUCGAAACAUACGAGCCCUUUUCUGCACGCAUGAUGCAUCGAAUGCAGCAGGACGAGGACGAGUCUUGAGGAGCCACGAACUGCCGUAUCAUCUCCACUUGGCUGCUCGA